UGUCUUACUGUAAAUAUAAAUUUGAAAAUAGUUGAAAUUACUGAAGCUAUAGUUGAAUAAGAAAUAGAGUAAGUAUUAAUGUAUGAUGUAAGACUUGUCAAUGAAUUCAAAGCUAUAUGAUGUUCUAAACAGUUGUUAUACUAUCAAGUCUAAUGAAUAAAUGAGAAAUCGGGCUGCAUACGAUUGAUUCUAUUUAUAUGUUAUUGUAAAUGGGAAGAGAAUAAAUUUUUCCCUUUUCCCACAUUUCUGGUUAGCUGAUGAACAAUGUUCUUCCUAGUUCUAUCCUUUUCUUUGUAUUAGAUGCAGAGCGAGGUGAACGCAUUCGCGUCAAUGAUUUCAACUUCACGUUGAAAAGAGACAAGCAAUAUCGACUUCUUUGUUAGAUGCACUGUACUUGAAUGCAGUCUAAUCAUGUAUAUCAUAAAGACAGGAAAUUCAGUACAUAGGCUUAACUGUACUUACAAGUAGCAUUAACAUAUACAACUUCUAAUUUAAGUACAAGGAUGUGUUAGCCUUGCUAUUUUCAUCAAGGUAAUGAAAUACACCCCUUCCAAUUCAGAAUUACGGAAGACGAUAUCCCACCAUUAGAUUUCAGAGUGUAGAAGGAGAAAAUUUUUAGUAUAAAAGCACUCAAAGUUUUGAUUUGAAUCAUAGUAUUCAUCUGAUGAAAAUGUCAUCUACUAGCACUACUGAUUCGACCAAGAACGUUGCUAUGGAUCAGCCAAUGGUAACAUACUCGAGUGUAGCAGCUACACCGAAGAUGGCGUCUUCGCCAGCUCCUUCGACAAUACCGCAGAUACCGUGGGGAUUCCCGUAUAAUAUAUGGAGCAAUCCUCAUCUUUUCAAUCAAGCAUUUCCCGGAUUAGGAAUGAUGCAAACCAUUCCCGGUCCGGUUGCACCUUCACCACCAGGAUUUCAACCGAUUGCAUCUUCUCCUCCUAUCACCGAACCGUCUACUAUCUCAAAAGCGUCUACUUCCACGCCUGCUGACGAGACAACUUCUUCUCCUCUCAUCUCCGAGCCGUCCACGUCUACUAUCUCAAAAGCGUCUACUUCCACGCCUGCUGACGAGACAACUUCUUCUCCUCUCAUCUCCGAACCGUCCACGUCUACUAUCUCAAAAGCGUCUACUUCCACGCCUGCUGACGAGACAACUUCUUCUCCUCUCAUCUCCGAACCGUCCACGUCUAUCAUCUCGAAAGCGACUACUUCUUCAGCUACCAUCGCAAAACCGACUACACAUGGUCCUAUUGUUGACGAGGAGACCGCUGUCACGAGGGUGAGUAAAUCUUCAUCCUCAUCAAGUUCGGAUGAGCUUGAUGAGGAUGAAGCAACUUUUUCUGUUAAAAAAUUUAAUUGUGCACAAACAUAUGUAGCAAAACGUUGUAUAUCUGCACAAACAUUAAGUACCGUAUUUGAAUACCCUAUUAUAAAAGCUAGAUUUGUGAAGACUCAGUGGAGGGAUAGCUAUAUUCUUCAUUUAUUGAAUCAAAAAAAUAAAGAAAUUAGUAUUUUCCUCCCAAGGAGAUAUUCGUGCUGGCUAAAUAAAAAACUUAGAUUCAUUUAACAGAUCAAAAUUAAAACUAAAAGCAAAACAUCGACUAGUAAACAGAGUGAUAAAAGGGAAGGAGAUAUCGGUAAUGGUUACCAAUCUUAAUAGACUAUU